GGCUUAAACAUGCAGAAAAAAUGAAGAAAGGUCCUAAGGAUGAUAACUCUCCGAUUUUCUACCAAGACACACGUCCCAGACCUGCUGGUAGAAGGCGUGGUAGCUUUAGAUGGAGGGGUAGCAACAGAUGGCCCCCCAGAGGGAGAGCCCUGCCUUUUAUGGGCUCUGAAGGAUGUUGGAUCUGUGGCGAUCCAAAUCAUUGGACCAGGACAUGUCCAAAAAAUCAGGACAGGUUCAGGCCCAAUGACAAGCCUACUGCAUGACUAGACACGCCCA